AUGAGUACAAUUCAGGAAAUUUAUCGUCCCAUGGAUUAAGAUGUGUGAGCUAUUGACGAUUGUUUGUUGUUUUUGAAAUCAAUUCAGAAGUCGGAUGUGAAAUGGAUGCAGAAAUUUUACUUCUUUAUUUCGCUGCUGUGGAACAAAUUCAGCGAUGCAAGUUUCUGCUCAAAGUGAAUCAAUGGUCACAGGCGUACGAGGUCAUCAUGGAGCAUAUUGCCACGGACUGUGUUCAACGUCAACUUCCCUUAUUUGGAAUCGCUACUGAACGAGUUCAAAUCUCCAAAAAGUUCAUCAAAGGGCAGAUUUUGAGCGACUAUCGAGCUGAAUGUGAAGUUUGGUCUGACCCGGGAUGCUAUCGACGACGAUGUGACCGAGGCAUCUCAUUCGACAUUCUCCGCUUAGGAUUUGCAUAUUAACAGCUGUGCGUUCAUGCGAAAUGCGCUCGACAAAGCGACCUUUGCCCCGGGAGUACGUGCUCGAGAAAUUGCGGCUUAUGCUAAGCGCGUUUCUGGACGAGGAUUUGCGGAUAGUGUUUGAAGGAAAAUUUAGAUGUUAAUUUUAGUUUAGUUUAGAUUAUUACUGCAAUAGUGAAAUAAAAAUACACUCAAGAAUAAAUGAAUGGGGCAAAAAAUCUAUUGUAAAAAUAUAUGGCAUCAGAGCGUUUGAAAUGAAUCAUGAUAUUUGUGUAUGUUUGGGAAUAAAAAUAA